AAGAGGGCUGAUAACUGAGUGUCAGUGGCGUUCCUGUUUCCUGGGCGAGUGCACAUCCUUCUGGGACACUGAGCAAGAGGAGUGGAUUUGAACUACAGAGAUCUUGAAAAGUAAACAUGAACAUCCUACUGGUCCUGGUCGUCCUGCAGUUACUGGCUGUACCAUCAUUCUCUCUAACGGCGCCCAGCAAUGACUACUGGGGGGAAUACGGAACCUAUGGGCCAUGCAGCCGCCCCUGUGGCACUGGAGUAGCCAUGAGGACCAGGCAAUGUAUCACUGCAAGGACAGACGGAGGAAACAACUGCGUGGGAUCUUCAAAAUCUUACCGCACCUGUAAUAUGCAGGCAUGUCCAGUGGGUUCCAGGGAUAUCCGUGAGGAGCAGUGUGCCCAGUUUAAUAGGAUGGACUUCCAGAGCAAACGCUAUGCCUGGCUGCCUUACCAUGGAGCGUCUAACCCAUGUGAGCUGAACUGCGUCCCCCGUGGAGAGAACUUCUUCUACAGACACAGGCCUGCCGUGGUGGACGGGACACCCUGCUAUGUGGGCCGCAGUGACAUCUGUAUCGCAGGCAUCUGCAUGGCGGUGAUCAACGGAGAGAUCCUCGGCAUGGACCGUGACGUGGUGCCGGCUCCUCCCGCUCCCGCCGCCAACUUGCGCCACCGCGAGUCCCUCACGUAUGCCUACACAUACAGCGCCUGGUCCGAGUGCUCAGCCCCCUGCAACGGAGGCACACAGCACCGCAGUGUACAGUGCAUGGUCCAGGACUCGACGGCGCCCCACGUGGUGGACGACUCUUACUGCGUCUCCCAGGGACUACCCAGGCCGGCCAGCCAGCAGGCCUGCAACCAGCAGCAGUGUGCCGAGUACAGUGUGUACCAAGUGUCCAUGACCCAAGAGAACAUGAUAGAACUCUGAGAGGAUUUGUGCCUUCUGACCCUUCAGCCACUAACACAGUGUACGACCCUUACUCCACCACCGUGGUUGGUCCCCACUGUGCCCAGUCAUACUAUGGCUGCUGCCCGGAUGGCCACACAUCCGCUGGUGGGCAUAGAGGAGAGGGCUGUCCCACAGAUGACUGUGAACGCACCCGGUACGGCUGCUGUCUGGAUGGGGUGACUCCUGCUCAGGGUCAUGGAAGGGCAGGAUGUGCUGAUUACCACCCACCUGCGGACCACUCCGCCCCAACUUAUGCUCAGUCCGGCCAUAUGUGCUCCCUGUCACGUGACGAUGGACCCUGUGCCAACUGGACAUCCCGCUUCUACUACAACUCAGCCACUGGCAGCUGCACCCAGUUCUGGUAUGGCGGUUGCCAUGGCAACGCCAACAACUUUGUGUCCAGGGACGUUUGCCAGAGGGAGUGUGGCGGCGCCGUCGUGACACCACGACAGGCAUCCCCACCCGCACGGUCUGGCAUGAGAGUAAGGGUGGGCGCGAGGGCGAGGGCAUACCGCGCCCGGUCUUAAGAGACACAGGAUGAAUGUGAUGAAUGUGUUUCAGUCAUACACACACCGUACAGAGGAAAGGAAAGCCGUGAAGCAAUUCCAUAAAUGACCAUUUCUCUGUGCUUCCUGUCAUUGUUGAUAUCAAUAAACUGAACUGAACAAA